AUGCCAGAGAGCGAGGAUCCACAACCCCCAAGCCGCGUGGAGGAGAACAGGGUGCUGCAGCCGACUCAGCUUAGCGAGGAAGAAUACCAGCUACGGUCAGAUGAGUACAUGGACGGGAUACACGAGAAGGCGGAAGGGAUUCAGGAAGACAGGAGCGAUGUGGAAGUGGAAUACAGCGCCGGUGUUCUCUCCAUUAACAUCCCCCCGAACGGCACAUACAUCAUCAACAAACAACCCCCGAACAAGCAGAUAUGGCUUUCGUCGCCGAUAUCCGGCCCGAAACGAUUCGAUUGGGUGGUUGACGGGGAGAGCAUGCACGAGAAGGAAGGCGGUGGACAUGGGGAUUGGGUGUAUCUGCGAGAUGGGACGCGUUUGACGGAGAUUUGCCGGAAGGAGCUUGCUAUUACGCUGGAUCUGCACGGGCUUGAGGAAAAGAUGAAGGCGAAGCCUGAUCCGACGUCCACAGAGUAG